CCACAAUUAGAAUUUUCAAACCACAAUGAUUUGUAACCUUGAUACUACAACAUGCAACUGUCUGUGGGUAAAUACCGGUUUUUUCAACAACAACCCAACACGGGACUAAACUUGUAAUUUUAAUUGAAUAUGACUAAACAAAAUAUAAUAUAUACUAUAUAAAGUUUUUAUAGUAUUGUUGGGGAAUAAUAUCCCGGCCUACUACUAUUCUGAGGCCCGAGGCAUCGUCCCGAUAAGGAGCCCAGUCAGCUAGGCCCAAUUAGGCCCAACCGGCCCAACCGGCCCAUUUGGGCCUAUUGGCCCAUUAGAGAAACCCUUAACCCCUUCCCCUUUUCUAUAAAUAGGGAGGAAUGUUUCCAGGGAAAAGGAUCAGAUCUUUGGCUCUCCUUCUUUACUGCUUUCUUCUUCUUCUCCCUUUGUAGCUAGGAACAUGAGCUCCAUUAAUGGAGGCUCCAAGUUAUUUGUAGCAUGUAAAAUGGUGAGGAGAGCAGAUGAAUGAAAAGAGCGGGCUUGGACGUUAGCCUAAAAAGUCCCGUGGUUUUCUCCCUUUCCGGGUUUCCACGUAAAAAUAGCUAGUUCAUACACCUUUUAUAUUUAUUAUUCACUUUUAUACCGAAUCCAUCGUCCUUAAUAUCCGAAGUUUAUGUUGGGCUUCCGGAUCUACGGGACUAAACCUCAACAUUGGCGCCGUCUGUGGGAAAAUUUAAAAAAGUUACAUGUGUUCUUGCCAUCUCUACAAGAAUUUGAUAGGAAAAUGGAAAGAUUAAUCAAGGAAGAAAAGGAGGGAAAAAUGAUUCCCAGAAAGAAGGAAAGAAGGGAAUAAGUCCAGGUCCAGUCUGGUAGCUUGAUCCUUGGUCCCUGCAGCCCCACCAACUCAGCAGAACUUCUGGGUGGGAACUAGAUGGCAGAUUGGCAGCGUAGAUCAAACAAAGGGUGCAAGCUUAUCUCAUGGAAAACAGAAAGGAGGUGUUAUGGGAUCUCUCAUGUGCAACACCACCGUCAAUAGGAGUUAAUGAUGGAUGGGACCCGCCAACCCACCAACUUGGCAAUAGGGAGGGAUGACUCCAUACUCUCACGUGGAAAAGCCUGACAACACUUUCUACUUUCUGAUGAUUGGACAGAUUGACUCUUAUCCAAAGAAGAGACGCCGAAUCCCGAACGGGAACUCCCGAACGGCAAGGCUAAUAACCGUACCAGGAGGGAGUCCUAGGAGACUACCAGUAUACCAUCUCUUACAGGGGCCGAACGGAAGUGCUCUGCCAAACGUGCUCCGUAUCCAGGUGUACCCCGAACCAAGAGGGUGCCCACAUAGAGGGCUGGUCAUACCCGGUAGUGGCGGAUCAACUUAAGUCAGAAUGGUAAAGUCACCGCUCCGGCCGUCUUAGCUCAACAUAAAUGAAGGGAACGGUCUUAAGACUUGACAACUAUAUUCCUUGCCCGAACGGCCAGGACUUCCCGAACACUCACAGGUCCAUAGUCCGACCCCGCCCAACACAUUUUUCUUGAUUCGACGAAGGCAAUCCUACCCGAACGAGAAACUUUGAUACCGACCCAACGGGAAGGCCCAAUCUAGCACUGACAGACAAGCACAAAUUGCUUUUCUAGAACGGGAAGGGUUCUAAGGAGCAUGGUUUAGCUUCGCUAGAGUAUCAAGGGACCCAAACGAACUUUUGACCCGAACGGGAAAUUAUACAUUGAGGAGGGUCCGAUAAGAUGGGAUCCACAUACCUCGUAUCAUUGCCGAACGGAAGAUCCCCCAGCAUGCUAGCCGCGAGCUGCCUGCAUCCUUGCUCGGUGCUGCCACACCAAACCAGCUCAGAACGCACAGAGUUCUGUUUUGAUGCCAUCCGACCCCAGAGUUUUCCGGGCUUGUUUUGACUACCGUCUAGUAUGGGAUGUCAGACCCCGGUCAGGCUACAAUAUGCAGAAUAACCAUUACCGUUCGUCCGUCCGGCAUCUCCCCGUUCGGCACCUUUACCGUUCGGCUUCUCCUGGUUUCAUCAGUGAAUUCGGGUUGCUCUGUUGUGACGAUUGACCAUGCGGCUAUGCCCUUGGAGUUCAUUAGGAAUUGUUUGGGCAGGAUCCUUAUCCAAUUAAUUUGUACUGUGCGAAUAGGCGAAGCUGGCACAGAACAAAGAAUACGGAGUAUUUGGCCUCGUUAUCUCACCUGGUUGAAAGCUAAGUACCGCUAUCAUCUCACUCUUAAUUAUGUUAGAACAUUAAUCUUUUGUAUCAUUACUGUUAGUUGAAGUAUCAUUACUUCGAAGGGAUCAAAGUAUCCCGAACAAAAUGAUAGUGAGUGAUGAGGCCCGCUCGACCUACCCCGAUCAGCCUUAAUCGGCGGUUGGAGCAUUUAUGGACCCGCUCGGCAUCCGUGGUUCGUUCAUGACAAAUAUUAAAGAUUUGUUGUAGUAUCAUUACUAUGAAUUACACAUCGCCAUGAUUAAAUUAGUAGGGAUUAGAAUAUCCCAAAUUAAAUAUUGUCGAGGAAAGCUCUAGUAAUGAGUUCACCAUCAUUUUAAAAAUUAAAUGACCGGUGUUGGUGGGCCUAGGGAUGGAAACAUCCCGAACGGGAUAACGCCAAACAAAGUUUUGUAAAUAAGCUCACCAUCAUUUUAAUUAAAUGAUUAGUUUUACUGGGCAUAUCGGUCCACCCCCGAUCGGCCUAAAGUAACUAAAGCGUCGCACAAGGGCGUAGCCCGGUGACGUGUUUUAAUUUAGGGGACCAUUCAUGGUCCCGAUUGGCAUGAAGUGCCUGAACGGCAACUAUACCCAGUACGGGGCGAAAUACGUACUUGAAUACCCAACAAAACACUACGUGUUUCGAGUCGGGGACUCUAAUAGAUCGGAAUCUAGGCUAAGGCUUAUCAUUACCGCUUCGGCCGAUAGUCAUGGAUGAAAAAUAAAAAAUAAAAGGGAAAUGUUAUACAUGUGUGAUUGUAUAUACUUGUAUAUGUUGUCCGGCCGUUCGGCCGUAUCACCAUGCUUAUUGUGCAGUGAAAUUUGUUCGAUAGUCUCGAACGGGGAGAUCAUGAAGUGCAUCGACGUUCAUGCCCGGCAACAAGAAAAGAAUCACAUUUAUUCAAAGCCGUUCGGGUAGCCCGAACAGGGAGACGUUCAUGACGCACAGAGAUGUUCAUGACGUUCGAUGUGACGCGCACAGACGCUCAUGAUUGGCAACAAAAAGAAGGAACAUUUACAUUUAGAGCCGUUCGGUCAGACCGGACAGGAAGAUCGGGAAACGCAAGAAAAAAAAAGAGGGAAAAAAAAAAGAGAGGAAAGAAAAAAAAAAGGAAUGAAAAAAAAAAAAGGAAAAAAAAAAAAAAAGGAGUGAGAGAGAGAGUGAGGUUACUAGUGUGUAGAAGGAAUCAUGGACAAUUGAGAAAAGAAGGGACUACAAAUGUAUAGAUGUCACAACACAUGAAGGGAAGUUCUAUGGACUGUACGAUACACGAGCUUUCAGAUUACGCUACCUGACUGGCAAUCCGGCCUUCGCCGUUCGGCACCUAGAGCAACAUUAUGGGCUGAGGGCGCCUGUAAAACCCUCGGAUUUACAGAUCGACCUCCCAGCGCCGACUUUCCUCUCACCACAACCGACUCUUCUGGCUCGGCAUGGUGAUCAUUUGGAAGACCGGCCUCAUUUCUGCUCUUCACGGAUGAGGACCGCUGAUUAUUUGUUUCUGAUCGGCCCCCAGCGCCGACAUCAUUACAUGGCCACCGACCAUUUGGUACGGUGCCCUUAUCAUAUUUGAAGACCGGCCUUGUCCCCGCAUCGUGCAGAUAAGGACCGUUGCUAGUUCUGUUCCGAUCAGCCCCCAGUGGCGACCUCAUUACAUGGCCACCGACCCUCUGGUACGGUGCCAUUAUCAUAUUUGAAGACCGGCCUCGUCCCCGCACUGCGCGGAUGAGGACCGUUGCUUGACUUUCAGCAUGGCUACAUUUUGUGGACCGCUGCCGCAGUUGCUGCCAUUGUCCUUGAGCAGAGGGCGCUCGCAAGACCCUUGGAUUAUUCAUGUUCCUCAUAUCAUGAUCAGCCCCACAGCACGACAUUAUUUGCUUAGGAGGCAUCUUCACAUUCCAUAAAGUCUCACCUCGAUCGAUAGAUACCACUUGUCUCGAUCCAUGGGGAGCCACCAUCUCAGCACAAAAAAAAAAAAAAAAAAAAAAAAAAAAAAAAAAGAUGCAGGUUAACCAAGCCCGGACUCAGCUUGGGAGAUGGUGUAAAAGAUCUUGAGUAGGACGAACCGGGCGGCAUCCGAAGUCAUAGGGUGACCGAGCGGGGGAUCGGGACUCUGGUCUUAAAAUCUUGCCUUGGCCAUACAGCUCGCCCGAACCUUAUGGUGGUGGAACCCGAGCUGUAUCCUGGAGGCGAGUCUCCAUUUUGGCAGAGAAUAAGGGGGAGACCCGGAUUGGGAGCCUUAUUUUCAAUGGUCCAGGAUGGACAUCUCAACCUCAUGAUAUGGAUGACCCCGGACGGUAAAACCGACGGUAUGCAUCGGAAUUAUGGGCUUGGAAGAUGGCAGACACUACACAAAUUGUGAAACUGUCUUGCAGCAAGAGGUGAUUGCCUUGCGGAUAAGAAAGAACACGGAUGAUAACACGAACAAGUUACAUCAGCCUUGGGCCUACAAGGCAGCAAGAGGUGAUUGCCUUGCGGAUCAGGAAGAACACGGAUGAUAACACGAACAAGUUACAUCAGCCUUGGGCCUAUAAGGCAACAGGCAGCAAGAGGUGAUACCUUGCGGAUCAGGAAACUACGAACAAAUGGCGGAAAUAAGCCGAACAGCUUGCACCUUAACCCUGGUGCUGACUUGUAGCAGAAAUGACCUAUUAUCCAGAUGAUCUGACCGCUUCUGUAGCUCUACGAUCAGCCACCUCGGCACGACGUGAUCAUCGUUGUACAUCAGACCGUUCUAGUGGGACGAACGGUCGAAUGGAACUAUUGUUUGGAACGACCAGGGGAGAACGACCCGUUCGGCGAAGGCGAACGAACGGGGGAUAUAAUUGGCUGGGAGGUGAUGUGAAUUCAUGAUGGCCCGCAGUGGUCUCGAGUCAAGUCCAGGUCUGUCUGAGUCGAGUCAAGUCCAUGUCCGUCUGAGUCAAGUCCAGGUCUGUCUGAGUCGAGUCAAGUCCAUGUCUGUCCGAGUCAUGUUGGUCCAUCCUUAAUCUAGGAUGACGAUCUCUUAUUUUAUGCAGCACGUUCGGGCUCCACAGCACCGUCGUGCCUGGCUUUAUGGCGGGCUCGUCCAUCCUUGCUCUAGGAUGGCAACCGUCACUCUUAUGCAGCACGUACGGGCUCCACAGCACCGUCGUGCCUGGCUUUAUGGCGGGCUCGUCCAUCCUUGCUCUAGGAUGGCAACCGUCACUCUUAUGCAGCACGUAUGGGCUCCACAGCACCGUCGUGCAUGGUUUUCUGACGGGCUCGUCUAUCCUUACUCUGGGAUGGCGACCGUCGCUCUUAUGCAGCACGAACGGGUUCCACAGCACCGUCGUGCAUGGCUUUCUGGCGGGCUCAUCCAUCUUUGCUCUGGGAUGGCAACCGUCGCUCUUAUGCAGCACGCACGGUCUCCACAGCACCGUCGUGCCUGGCUCUCGGUCGGGCUCGUCCAUCCUUGAUCUGGGAUGGCGACCGCCGCUUUAUACGGCACGAGCGACUGGCUUUUCAGCCACCUCGGCACGACGUGAUCAUCGUUGUACAUCAGACCGUUCUAGUGGGACGAACGGUCGAAUGGAACUAUUGUUUGGAACGACCAGGGGAGAACGACCCGUUCGGCGAAGGCGAACGAACGGGGGAUAUAAUUGGCUGGGAGGUGAUGUGAAUUCAUGAUGGCCCGCAGUGGUCUCGAGUCAAGUCCAGGUCUGUCUGAGUCGAGUCAAGUCCAUGUCCGUCUGAGUCAAGUCCAGGUCUGUCUGAGUCGAGUCAAGUCCAUGUCUGUCCGAGUCAUGUUGGUCCAUCCUUAAUCUAGGAUGACGAUCUCUUAUUUUAUGCAGCACGUUCGGGCUCCACAGCACCGUCGUGCCUGGCUUUAUGGCGGGCUCGUCCAUCCUUGCUCUAGGAUGGCAACCGUCACUCUUAUGCAGCACGUACGGGCUCCACAGCACCGUCGUGCCUGGCUUUAUGGCGGGCUCGUCCAUCCUUGCUCUAGGAUGGCAACCGUCACUCUUAUGCAGCACGUAUGGGCUCCACAGCACCGUCGUGCAUGGUUUUCUGACGGGCUCGUCUAUCCUUACUCUGGGAUGGUGACCGUCGCUCUUAUGCAGCACGAACGGGUUCCACAGCACCGUCGUGCAUGGCUUUCUGGCGGGCUCAUCCAUCUUUGCUCUGGGAUGGCAACCGUCGCUCUUAUGCAGCACGCACGGUCUCCACAGCACCGUCGUGCCUGGCUCUCGGUCGGGCUCGUCCAUCCUUGAUCUGGGAUGGCGACCGCCGCUUUAUACAGCACGAGCGACUGGCUUUUCAGCGCCGCCGUGCCUAGCGAGGGACUGCACCUCGUUCAUCAUUUAUGCAUGCCUUGCGUCCAAGACUAUUCAAGCACUGAUUCAGGGAAGGACGUGAGCAAGAGUAUACUUUCUCGAGCAGAUUCACAGGCUCACUACUCAAGAAACUGGGGGACUUGUGUUGGGGAAUAAUAUCUCGGCCUACUACUAUUCUGAGGCCCGAGGCAUCGUCCCGAUAAGGAGCCCAGUCAGCUAGGCCCAAUUAGGCCCAACCGGCCCAUUUGGGCCUAUUGGCCCAUUAGAGAAACCCUUAACCCCUUCCCCUUUUCUAUAAAUAGGGAGGAAUGUUUCCAGGGAAAAGGAUCAGAUCUUUGGCUCUCCUUCUUUACUGCUUUCUUCUUCUUCUCCCUUUGUAGCUAGGAACAUGAGCUCCAUUAAUGGAGGCUCCAAGUUAUUUGUAGCAUGUAAAAUGGUGAGGAGAGCAGAUGAAUGAAAAGAGCGGGCUUGGACGUUAGCCUAAAAAGUCCCGUGGUUUUCUCCCUUUCCGGGUUUCCACGUAAAAAUAGCUAGUUCAUACACCUUUUAUAUUUAUUAUUCACUUUUAUACCGAAUCCAUCGUCCUUAAUAUCCGA